AUGACAGGUGAAGAGGCUAUAAGUGAGAACCUGGAUACUGAUGAGAAUCUGUUUAUAACAGAAACAUUGUAUAGCUGCAUAUUAAUUAGUAUAGAAUAGCUGUCUUCUUUACUAUGGAUCUACUGUCUUUGUAUAAGCGAGUAAGCCAAAGCACUACUAGCCACCCUGAACAGAAUAUUGUUAAUUAUUCAGGGCCUUCAGUCAAUAACAUUUGCUUUCUGAUUAGAUCAGAAAUUACUGAAAGAUUAAAGCCACAAAACAUUUUGAAGUAACAACAUAGUACCAGUUAUCAGCGAACACAGAAAUCUGAUAAAUGUUUCACAGGAACUGUUCCAGUACAAAACACUAAUGCUGACAUUUACAAUAUCAGCACUCUUUCCCACUCCAAUAAAACGCAAGUAAACAACAGAGCUGCUUUUCAUAGCAAAUGUCUGUAGGAUGUGAAAGAUCUGGAGCAAAGAUAAAAAAACACCUGCCCCAAUUUAGCAAGGUCUAAGCUGCAUGAGCAAUAUAAUAAUAAUAAUAAUAAUAAUAAUAAUAAUAAUAAUACUUUAUUACUUAUACCCCACCCUUUUGCUGUGCAGCUCCCAACAUAACAUAAAAAACACAGUGAGACAUCAAACAUUAAAAACUUCCCGAUACAGGGCUGUCUUCAGAAAGCCAUGUAUUUAUUUCUUUGACAUCUGAUGGGAGGGUGCUCACAGGGCAGGUACGAAUACUGAGAAGACCCUCUGUCUGGUUCCCUGUAACUUUACUUCAGUGAGGGAACCACCAGAAGACCCUCAGAACUGGACCUCAGUGUCCAGGCUGAAUGAUGGGGGUGGAGACACUCUUUCAGGUAUGUUGAAUUGGAUUUGUGUUUUAAUGCACAUCCCCAUUUAGAGGCACCAGAAGCUACAUAAACCAGAAUUGGGGGCAGGAGGGCUGUGUAACUGCAUUCAAAGGGGAGAAAAGUGAGAUCAUUAUGCCUUUACCACACUUGAAUUGUAACAAUAACUACUGGAGGUCUAUAGCCAGUGUUUUGGCUAGUUUUUCUAACACACUCCCAUCCCCAAAGCCAGUCCACCCAUGAGGCAAGGUGAGGCAACCAGUUCAGAUGGUAGGAUCCAUAAGUGAUGUAGAUCUUUAUUCCCUACUUGUUCCUGAUGUUGACCUUCUCUUCCCUCUUCUUCCCUUGCAGGGAGGGGAAGUGCCAUUUUACAGUUUGCCUCAGGUGCCAAAAUGUCUUGGACCAUCCCUUCCUGUCCCACAAACAAUGGAUCAUGGGAGGAUCUCCCACAGUCCCAAACAGAAAUACUGUCUCUCUCACCAUUUUUUUCUGUUACCUUCUGACUCGUCUCUACCCUAGCUGACAUUUUGGUGGCAGCUUCUUUUUCAUAAUACCAGACUACAUAGUCCUUGCCAACGUGCACAUCAAAAAACUUGUCUGCCAGGCACUCCAUGAUAAUGCCCAAUUUUGCCAAGAUCCUAUUUUAAUGAUCCAUGCAUGCACACACAAAUACACACAGUUGGAGAGAAGUCACAUGAGAAUUGAUUGCAUACAAUCAGUUGUCAUUGCAAAGAGCAGCUUGCUAAUUCAGAAGAGGUAGAUGACAGCAGCAAAAGUAAUGGGGAAGGGACUCACCUUCCCUUCUUUGUCUCAUGCCGUUGCUGCUUCUCUCUGUCUUCCCCAGUGCCUUUGAGACUUUAAGGGAGAAAGGGAAGGAACAAAUGCAAGACCUGGUGGAGGAGAUAUCUCUAAGUGCACAAAACAAUACAUUUAACAGCCUCAAUAUGUUUUGAUUAAAAUCUGUGUCAGGGAUACAGUAAAACAAUAAUGCUUUAUGUUCUCAAAUAACACUUUGAGGGCUCCAUUUCUUCCCACUUUCCCCCUCAUAGUGAUUCCUCACCCUAACGACUAUAUUAUUUAGGCAUCUAUCACAAAAGAUUCCCACAAUCUAUCGAAUCCUAUAAAUUCAAGAAUGUGGCCAGAGGGAAAGAAAGUGUUUGGGGAUUAAAAAACCAAAAAAGCAGCAAAAGCUAGAGUUUAAUGCAGUAAAAUGACACCAGUAUAUCUUCAUUACUUCCAUGGUUGCUCCUCUGCCCCAAAAUGUAUUAAAUAAAUACUCAAGAUGAACAAACAACAAAAGCUUCCAAAAUUUAAACAGAAAAACAUUCACUCUGCAAAACUGGAGACGUUUGUUGGAUUUUACGGCAGCUUUUCCAUCUGUUAUAAAUUGGAUGCAAUACUUUUCUAAAAUGUUGUGUUUUUUAUUGUUUGUACAUGUCCUGCCUUCCCCCCAGUUGUUGCUAAAGCUUUAUAUUUUUCCUUUAUUCAAUUCAUUCACUUCUCAUUAGACGUUUGCAACCUUUCAAGAGAGGAUACAUUAAUGUAAGAAUAGACACUAGACAUAAUCCAGCACAGAAUUAGGCAUGACUAAACCUAUUGAAAUCAAUGGGCUUGAACACAUUCCCACUAUGUACUGGGUUGUUCCCAUUGUAUAGCUGAACUGUCUGUUGCACAAUAUAGGAUUUAGUUCUGUAACAGCUGUUUAAAAAUAGUCACACACUGUAGAUAAGGCCUUAGUAAACUUGCUGUAAGAGACUGGUCCUAGUAUUUGCGAACCCUAGAAUGCCUCAUCAGAAAAUUCUGGUUUGUAUUAUCUAUGCAGGCAAUGGAGAACCAUAUUCAUUGUUUUCUCCAUUUAGUAUGGCGUUACAAUGAAGGUAGCAAUAUUUUGCAAUUAUUCCUCGGCAACUAACCAGAACAUUUUGCAGCAGCUCAACCUCAAGGCUGAUGUUCAGUGAAGAGUUGGGGAGGGGGUGUUGCUACAGUCCAGUCCAGCCACUCUCACAUUCCAAAAUAAUACUUGUUAGUGUGUACAAGUUGUAUGCCACUGUUCCCCAGUAAUCAACUAAAAAUUUACUAGCUGUUUGAUCUGUUCAGUUUGUAAUGAUUGCCUCCUUGUCAAGAGUGUUUUACUUUUGAAGUCUUUGGGGUAAAUGGGUGCUGUUGGAAUUAGGGUUUUUUGUCCACAAGAAACCACUGUAUUAAUCUUACAGAUAUCAGGGAUUGGGGGAUGAGGGUUCACAUUUAAAGGGGGAAGAAAACAAGGUCUGGUCAGGGCAGUGUGAUCUGAACCCCGCCUCUCUAAAAUGGCAUGAUUUCUCCUGCUCAAGAAACUGGGAGGCAUGUUUUCUAUCAGUUCUCUGGAACUCAGUGACAAAGAUGGAGAUGGGGAGAGCAGCUUUUUCUUCCCUAGAAGCGAUUUGCUGUCUUCAGUAAGUGGGCUUAAGCUAGUUGUUAGCUGUGAAUCGGAACUGUAGUGAUUUGCCCCCAGAUUUCUUCUUUGAACAAUGUUUUUCAAGGUGGAAACAAAGGUCAUUUGGGCGGAAUCUGGAUUCUGGUCUACAGGAGCGUCACUCUGAUCUGCUGCAGCUUCAUUCCUAUUGUGGUAAGUCUCACCAAAGAGUGACUGAGAAUUUAUCUCAUCAUACGACAUUUUUCUUGAGGCAGUUUGCUCAAAGUUUUUCAAAAAAUUAAGAGUAUCCUUUAUAUCAAUGCUGUGGUGUCUGGUGAUAAAUCUCUUGGACAGGGCCAGGCUGUUGAUUUUAAAACACAAUUCUUCCUCUGGAGUUAUGUCUUGAAGCUCUUCCUGUAAAGGGGAUAUUUGAUUCUGAUCAAAAAGUGAGGAGGAAGGCUUCAUCCAAGGUUCAGAAUAUACGUGCUGCAUCUGAGGUCCUGUGUGUGCCAAGUUGGGUUUUCUUGAAGGAGAAUGUGGUUCAGGGGCAUCUUCCUUUCUUCCAGGAUGGUUAGGUUCUUUAAAAUUAAAGAGACCCUUUUCUGUCUCCUUUGAAUUUGACUGUGGUGAGGGAGAUGUUUUGAUUUCUACAUCUGAUGGGGAAGUGCAAGAACUUGAAGAAUGAGCUUCAUCAGUGUCAGGAGGAGGAACAUUUAAGUACUGCUUAAUUCUUUGCCUCCCAGAUGGAGACCUGUCUUUCGUAAUAAUUAUGACUUCUUUCCCCCUUGCUUUGCAAGCAUCUAGGAGAACCUUGAGGGUUUCCUUGUCCUCUGAAUUCACUGAGUAAACAAGAACUGAAUUGCCAGAAUGGUCUUGCAGACUUAUGUCUGCUCCACUUUUAAGCAGUAAAGAAACCACUUCAGGGCCAGCCUUCUGCAAGCAAGCAUGCAUUAAGGCUGUCUUCCCAGUUUUGUCCUGUAUGUUUGGAUCUGCCUUAUUCUCCAGAAGGUACUUCACCAUUUUGACUUUGCUAACACUCUGAUGGUCCACAUGCUUUGUCUUACAAGCAAUCAUUAAAGGGGUUUCACCACGGUCAUUACUUUCAUUAAUGUAGGCCCCACCUUCUAACAACAGCCUUGUGAGACGAAGUCUGCUUUGAUAGACCGCUUUUAUCAGAGAGUUUCCAUCAGGUGAAAGCUCUAUGACUUCUUCCAUCUUCUCUGUUUCUGAAGACUGCAGCUGUUGAAAAUGUUGCCUAAUUUGGAGACAAACAGGAAAGAUAAUUAAGAAUCUAAUAUAUAUUUUAAUUUAGUAACAGGAAGAUGAAAAAAUGGGAGCCUCUAUUAAACAGAACAUUCUAAUUUUGCAACACACACACACACACACACACACACACACACACCCCUUGUCUGCAUGAAACAGUGCAUAUACCUUGUAUUCCUCAAGUUGACCUGGCACUAAAGGCUGAAAUAAUGCAUUAUAUGUACUUAACAAAACUCUGACAGGAAAAGCAGCUUUGGAAUACUGUAUAGUUAUUUAGAUUGGAGAAGUAUCAGGAAGGAGGUUGCUUAAAUCUUUCUAUACCUGAUACUUUCCCAUUGCAACUCCAGCACUCAUACUAAAAAAAAUGAAUAUAUAAAUUAGUACUCCACUUUGGCCUGAGUCAUACCCAGAGUUUGCUUUCUUAUCUGAUAAUUGUUUCCAUAAGUCUCGUAAAAUAUGUUAAAAUUGACAGUUAGAAAGGCAUGGAAGAAUAAGGAAACUCAGAGAGGAUGCAUUGAGUGUUUCUAGUAUGUUUGUUUAUGGUCAGCAAGUUGCUUACUAGAGGACCACUUAAGUAGGGAGUGGGGGUGAUGGGCCAUGCUACCACACAUCACAACCCAAAGGUACUUGAACAACAGGUUCUCAUUGUAAUUACCACCCCAUACCUCUUGGUUGGCAACUAGAAACCAGCUUAGGAUGCAUCCUUACUCUUUUGUGAGGCUUCAGUCCUAUCUAAGAGUAAGCCCAAUUGAAACCAGAAGAAUAUACUUCCGUAAAGCAUAGGUUGAGAGAAGCUGAGUAGCGGUUAGAGUGUUGGACUAGGACUUGGGAGACCACUCAGCCAUGGAUGUUCAUAGGAAUAUAAGAAACCACCUUAUACCAAGUCAGCUCAUUGGUCUAUCGAGCUCCGAGCUCGGCAUCAUCUACACUGACUAGCAGCAGCUCUCCAGCAUUUCCAUCCCUUCCUGGAGAUUGGACCUGGGACCUUUGUUAUGCAAAGCAGGUGCUCUGCUACUGAACUACAGCCAUUCCUAAGCUCAUUGGGUUAGCUUGGGUCAGUCAUUACCUCUCUGCCUGGCCUAUGCCACAUGCAGCGUUGUUAUGAGGAUAAAAUGAGGAGGGAGAACUUUGAGCUUCUUGGAGGAAAGGUGGGACAGAAAUGUAAUAAAUAAAUAAAUAUACCCAGUAUGCUCUAAGGCACACAUACCAGGGAGUAAGUCCCAUCAAAUAUGAAGCCCAAAUCUAUGCAUACUUACUGACAGUGGUGCCAACAUGAAUAAAAUAUUGAGGAGGGGGCAGGUAAGCCCUGUCCUGCAUAACUGACACAGCGCACGGUGAGUGACCCCCUCUAAUAUUUUAUUGGGCGGCUGAAGGGACCUCCUAUCUAAGUGGGGCUUACUCCCAGGUGAGUGUGCAUAAUAUUGCAGCCUUCCUGGAGCUUCCUUAUCAUUAAAUACAUACCACUACUAAGCUGUAUGUAGUAUGACUAUUAAACUAACCAUACAAGGUUAGUUAAAAAAAAUAAUAGCACUGAUCUUUUUAUUUUCUUAGGAAAUAAAAAUUCAGAGGCACUCUUACAGAAAAUUAAUUCUCCACUCAAUUUGUAACCUGGCAAAACAGUCAGCCUUGCUCAGUACCACACAACAGUCUGCUCCAUUUCACCACUGCAUCCCAUAAACAAUAAAAAGUAAUUUCGUUUUAGUUAAAUUUAACUGCUAAUUGGAACACUGCAAUUUGUAUGCUCUUCUGCAUGUCAGCGUGACCGCAGUCGCGCGCUGCAAAAGACAACAACCCAGCAACACUCUGAAGUAACUCCAUUCAUUUUAGUCCAGAGUAUUUGCGAUUUUAAAAAUAUUUCGGAAGUGCGUGGUUGCAAAAACGGAACUGGGAAUCCGAACACUGCUAGUAAAGACACGGUGUCGGACUGCACACUUUUGCAAGCCAGCCGCGAACCUAUUAGGAGCCUACUACUACCACUACUGAAGUCAAUGGGUCGUUCUUCCAAAUAAGUGAGCCUAGGACCCUAGGUUAACAGCCGGCAGGCAAUAUACAAGGACACGGAUUGCACCCCUCCCUCCCUGUUGCCUGCCCCCUUUGCACGCCCUCGGGAGACCCCUCACUCUCGCGCAAGGUAGUCCGACGCUCGAAGAGCGCGUCGCUGGCGGGAAAAAUCCGCCCAGGGCGGCGGGGCUGUGCAGAGUCGCCAGGCGCGCUCGCCAGAACGCAGCAGCGGCGCCACCACGCCAAGGCACCGCUGGGUGAGGCAAGUUGUUCUGCCCUCAGGUAGGAAGGCAAGCGGCCCGGGGUCAACCCACCGCUCGCUCUCCAAGUCUCCCCUCCGCCCGCUUUACCUGCUCGAGGAGCCGGCAGCUGAGGGACGCCGAGCGGGAAGGCUCCUUUCUCUAGCGGGGGAGGCUCCUCUCUGCGCAGGAAUUCAGGUCUUCUUAGUUCUCCAGUGGCGGCUGCUGCUUGAAGCAAUAGAGGGGAGUGAGGGGGAAGAAACGCCUCUGCUCGGCUGGCAGGCAGCGCCCCUGCUCUGGAGAGGCGGCUGUCAGCAGCGCUGGGGCGGCUUCGCCCACCCACGCGCUGCUGAGCUCGGGCUCUAAAGACCCGCUGCCUCGCCGCUAGUCCCCCCUCCCGGCCCCCGGUUGUCCAAGGGCGUCUGUUGCUUGCUCGCCCGCGCGGAACUAGCCAACUGCCGGCAAGGUGGGCUUGCUCGCUGCUCUGGCAGAAGGCGGGAAGCCAGCGGAGGCGGCGGUAGCGCGCGCGCGCUCUGUCCCUCCUCAGGGAAAAUCGCGAGGCAGAGUCUGCUCCACGCAUCCAGUCGGAUUUGCGGCGUGCAGCCAACGCCUACGUUUACUGGAAAGCAGGUCUCCCUGGAGUCAGUGGAGAGCGCACUCCCGAGGACACGUGUAUAAUAAGACUGCGGCCUCUUAGGUUUUACAUCUCCCCUCCCCACCCCCGGGCCCCAGAGGUCUUUUAGGAGCUGCGUGCCAGGCAGAAGUUCAACAGGUGUAGACGCAGAGAUGGCGAGAAGAAAGUUGCACCUGUUGAGUUUCUGCCGGGCAGAAAACUGUCAAAGGCAGCUUCUCCCACUUUGAGUGUCUUUGCCUUUUUAGUUUGUAAUCCUGGUGGCAGGUCCUGUCUCCUUCCUUUCCCCCAUUGUUGUGAGACAGUUUGAGAGACAACAUUUGUUUGGGAAGCGGGAUAAAACACAUAGAUAAUAAAGUACUACUAAUAAAGCUUUUGUCGAGAAAAAGCUGGCCAUUGUGCUCUGCUUUGGACCACUUGCCCAAACAUUAAAAUUCAUGGGUUGGAUCAGAACAUGGAGACAGACCUCUGCUGAAAUCAUCACUUUACCGACACACACACACACACACACACACACACCAACCCGGAGCCCUGCAUUUGUAAAUGGAUGUGGUUGUGUGUAUGAGACAGGUGGGUGGGUACUAUUCUUACCAUUUGUAUGCUGCAGCCAACAAUUUACCCCCAAGAAUAAGGUUUUUGUUCCAUGCUAGAAGGUUCAGCUGCCUAGUGAUAUUUUGACCAGUCUUCUAUUAAGUUGUCUAUUUCUUUUUCACUCGUUAUAAGAUUGACAGGUGCAUAAUGCAGUCCUCUCACAGGAGGGAUAACUACUUCGGAACGCAUGGUUGGGUGGGAAACACUUGUUGGAAAGUGUCCUCAUGGCAAAAUCCUCUCUGUAUGUAAAGCUAUCAUAUUUGGUAAAUGUGACACAUCUUGCCAGUAUGUGAUAUCCCUGCAAUGCUCGUUACAGUUUAAUCUUCUCCUUUCCUUGCUUAUUGUAAUGUCUGAAUCUAUCUUGAAAUAUACAAGAGAGAUGGAAGGUUACUGCAGCAGAUGCUCACAAGCUGCUUGGUGUGCAUGUUAAGCUGUAGGCACUACGAUAGUUACAGAUAGCUGUGUCUGUACAAAAACGGGCUCCGACCUGACUUGAAAACCACCUUUUUUUACUUAAGGAUCAUUCAUGUGGUUGCCUGUCUCCCUUGUCCUGUCUAUGGUGUUUGUGGAAAUGAUCUAAUUUUUUCAGCAUCCAGCUAGAGACUCUUUGUUUAGUAGUUUCUGCUUUUGCUGCUGGGGACAGACUAUCACCCGCAUAUAACUCCAGUGCUUAAAAGCCUGCACUGACUGUCCACACACAACUAGUUUAGGGUCAAGUUUAUUGUAUUAAUUUACAAGGCUCUUAAAAACUUGGGGUCCAGGAUAGCUUAGAAACUGCCUGAUGCCUUAUAUCUCUACCCAAUCACUGAGGUCUUUGAGGAAGUUGCUGUAGUGGCUUCUCAUGGCUUGGAUGCAUGUUUUGCACCCACCAAGGGCUGUGUUCAGUAUUGUGGGCCCAAUUUCAUGGAACUCCCAUUCAGCUGAGAUCAGACCCCACUCUGUUGGAUGUCUGAUGCCUACUGAAGACUGCUUUAUUGCAGCAGACUUAUAAAGUUAUUUCUGAUUGCAUAGUUAAGUUUUUAACUGAUUUUAUCUAUAUUGUAUUUGCUGAGCUAUCACUUAAGAGACGCAUAGCUGGCAACGUUUCCCUUUUUUUAAAGGAAAUUCCCUUAUUCUGAAUAGGAUUCCUCGCAAGAAAAUGGAAAAGUUGACAGCUAUGAAGAGACAGUUUUAAUUAAGUGGCAUAUAAAUUGUCUAAAUAUGCCCUCUUGUCUCCUGUUCUGCUCUUCAACCUGCAGAAUAAGGUGGCCGGAUUUGCAAAACCAUUUCUUGUGUAUAAAGAAGCAUAAAGUACUCAUGUUGAAUUCCCAACUCCAGCUCUUCCUAAGGCCCAAAGUCAGAUAGGCAUACCAUUUCAGUAGGCUUAUUUAUUAGUAAUCACCUGAGCAAGCAAGAGUGGUGCCUGCAACCUCCAGGAAAACAGAAUCAGGGAAACAUCAGGCAUGACUCAAGGAGGCCUAGAGAUAAUAGAGAACAGCCAAUUACAGCAGAGCUUAAUAUUCCAAGUCACUAUGUAUGCUAAGAGGAAGUUGUCCCAGCUGCUGGAUGAAGCAGGCAAUUUUCUCAACUGUUCAGAGCAAUCCCCGAUGUUCUGUAUGCUUUGCCUGGGUCUUUAGAAUCUCCACAACUAACAGUAUUAUCUGAUUUACUAUUCUUGCACUGUGGUGAUUGAUUCCAAGAAAACCUGUUGGAGAGCGAGGCAAUCUGAGGUGCUACUGUGUUGGACUAACAGUGGGUGAGCACCACUGAAAUAAAUCACUGCUCCCCUUUGCCUACACUGCAGAGCACCAUGCAUGCCAAAGAGAGCUUGCCCUCUAAUAAACGUCACUUGUUAUUUCCAUCUAUCUUCUCCAAUCCCUCAGUUCUUUUUUUCUCUAGUGCUGCCACUGGGCCAUGAUACAGAAGCUGAUAAUUUCUGUUUGGAAUGGUGUGUCAUUAUUAGUCAUCUGCUUCCUGCAAUGAAAGAAGUUAGCUUGCCCCUCAGCAUGAUGUUGCAUGAUCAAUGUAACAAAAUAAGUCUUCACUUCCAACUUGCCCAUCUACCCAGGGAAUCUUCAUUAUUUAACCCUAUCCAACUAUAGUUUCUUUCACCUACCAAUGACAAUUCACCAUUUACAAUGGCCUGUGCAACCACAUUUCUCUUGCAACAUACUGAACUACAGUACUGUGGAAGAAUGAUAUGCACCAGUUCCUGCUCUUUUUAUGGCUCACUGGGUUACCCUUUUAUAUGCCUGUUGUCUUUGUCCAUGGAGUUUUCUUGGCAGGGAUACUGGAGUGGCUUGCCGGUUCCUGCUCCAGGUGGAUCACGUUUGGUCAAAACUUUCCACUAUGCCCUGUCCAUCUUGGGUGGCCCUACACGGCAUAGCUCAUAGCUUCUCUGAGUUAUUCAAGCCCCUUCGCCACAGCAAGGCAGUGCUCUGGUCCAUGGGGUCACGAAGAGUCAGACACGACUAAACAACAACAGGUUACUCUGUGUGUGCCUCUCACUGGCUGUCAGGGACUGGACAGUGGGAGAGUGGUGGAGACCGUCUCCCCAGCCUGAACCUUCCAGAAAAGAGGAAGGCAGUAUAGAUUUACAACAGUGGUUUGUGGGAGGUCGUAGCUCAGAGGCAGUUGAAGAACAAAGUUGGGAAAAAAUGGGAGAGGAGGAGGAGGAGGCAGAGCUGGAGCAGCUGGCUGACACGUUAUCAGUAGAAAGAAUUCCAGACCCCCCUUCUCCCAGAACCUGGCGGGCAUUGAAAGUAGGAGAGCAAAGAACUCGGAGACAAAUUACUCUAAGCGGCCCCUGUAAGGUGAGUGGUGCUGUUGAUGAUUGAGGAAGUGGAGAGAAAGGUGUGUGUGUGUGGAGAUUUACUCGGAGCAACACCAUUACUCCAAGAGGCUGCAUUUCUAAGCCCCUCUCUGUGAAUAUUGAAUAAAAGACAUUGGUAAGAACUUCCCUUGUCUCAUCUAUUCCUGGCAUCUACCAUGGGUGAAUCGGAUUCCCUGAUGCUUGACACUGGCCAGAGGAACAGUGGAAUCUCCUUUCUUGUAUAUUGAAGCCAUUGGUUAGUGUCCUACCCUCCAGAGCAGGAGAAAACAAGCUUGCUCCAUCUUGCAUGUGACAGCCCUUAAGAUAUUUGAAGAUGGCUAUCAUGUCUCCUCUUUACCAGGCUAAAUAUACACAGCUCCUUCACCCAUUCCUCAUAGGGCUUGGCUUCCAGGCUCUUGACCAUAUUGGUUGCCCUCCUCUGCACACAUCCCAGCAUGUCAACAUCCUUCUUAAAUUGUGGGCUUCCCACAGGCAUCUGGUCACCCACUGUGAGAACAGGGUGCUGGAUUAGUUGGGCCACUGGCCUGAUCCAGGAGGGCUUUUCCUAUCUCAUCAGUCAUUUUAGAGGUGUCUGACAUUUCCUGCAUACUUUUAUCCAAAAACCCAGUUUCUCAGGACCCUUAUUUUGUAGCUUGUGAAUAUAAUGCUUAACUCAGCCCUAACAGUUGAAUAAUUGUUACAAACAAAAAUAGUUUGAAGGCAAAUCGUACCAUGUUACCAUGACUCUGAGCUCACUACCUGAAUAAGGCACAGAUAUAAACAAAGAUAACAAAGAAGCCCACAGUAUGAAAACAUCCAAGGACACUUAUGCCAUCUCAUCCUCUGUCUCGCUUCCUCCUUUCUUCACAUACCACCCACAUUACUAAUACUGUUUCUUUAUUGAACAGCCUGGGAAAUGAAUACGCAACACACCCACUCUUUUGGAAAGGUUACCACUCUUCUUUGGCCUGUUGUUGCUGGGAUUAUGUAAGGCAUGUAGGUGGCAUAUACACUUCUGGAUAUUUUAUCAAAGUUGCUGGUGGGGACAGCAUUGCUACCAUGGAAUAAAGUAGCUCUCCUACACAUUUGCUUAAUCUGCCUGCCAUAUUUAUGCCACACUAAUUAAAUAAUGGGAGAAGCUUCAGAGAAGGCUUUUGUAUGAAGGAGACAUCUGUGAAUCAAUGCCUUAAUAUGCUGCAGAUUCCCAAUUUUUAAAAGUGAUGGGGAAAACUGAUUGCUCAGAUUGAAAAUGCCAGUCAUCCUCUCUCUGAGCAUUUUGGCAGUACCAGUAGUUCUGCAUUGCCACCCAGGCUUAGUCCUUGGUAGAGCCGUCCUUAAAAACCAGAAAGUGUUCAACAUGACAGAACAGCAAACUUUUUCAGCAGGAGGGCGGUCCACUGUCCCUCAGACCUUGUGGGGGGCUGGACUAUAUAUAUAUUAAAAAAUGAACGAAUUCCUAUGCCCCACAAGUAACCCAGAGAUGCAUUUUAAAUAAAAGCACACAUUCUACUCAUGUAAAAACACGCUGAUUCCCGGACCGUCCGCAGGGCGGAUUUAGAAGGCGAUUGGGCCGGAUCUGGCCCCCAGGCCUUAGUUUGCCUACCCAUGAGCUAGAGGCAUCAUGCCACACAAACAGUUGCCAGUGUUGCCAUCACAUAUUUGUGUGCUUACAUGAAACAGGACUAUAGUGACAUUGGUCCUUUAGUGAUACCCAUUUAGAAAAUAUACUGUACAUGCACAGAAUAAGUUAUAAAGCUUCUUUUUAAUUGCAGAAGUGAAUGCGAUGCCGAUAUUAAGAUGUUUUAGCUGCCUAUAGUAAACCCUUCCUAUAGGCAGAAAUACCGGUAAUAUUCUAUCUAUUCAGAUUUCCUACCCUCAACAAUGGGUUCAAAUCGUGGCUGACAAAUAGCAGUGUGCAUAUUUAAAGUAACAAAAAAGUUAAGAAGUUGGAAGGCGUUUUCAUUAGCAUUUCAUCUUGGAUGGACAGACAUUUUAAGUGUUUUAUUUAUAUUAGCCUCACUUUAUCCUUUUGGACUGUGUGCACUGUAAUACUGCUACUAAAUAAUGCUGAAGACUAAAAUAUUAGAUACCACAGCACUGGGCAGCUAAUUUUAAUCAAUGAUAGGAGAAAAUGCUGCACCAUGUUACAAAACACCCCACUCUCUGUGAUUGCUUGUCCUUUUAGUUUUUUAAGUGAAAGAUAAAACUAUACAUGUGUCAAUACUUUUAAGAUUACCAUCUGUUUUGAAAGGCUUGUAUUUUAAACCCACCUAAGAGCAUAUGCUCAAGUUUUAAUGCCAAAAAUGUUUUUACAGCAGUAUUCAAUCAGAGAAGCCAUGGUCUGGAACAGUAAACAAGGAACAAUUAUUUCUUUUAUCUGCAGGAAUAUGAAAUACUGAAUUUAGGAGCGAGAGAGCAAAUGCGUUGUUGUCUCUACUUACGGUAAGUAGCCAGAGAGUUUAAAGGAAAUUUGAUCUACAAUACUGCUUUAUGUUCUCAGUUAUUCAAGCAGUGAGAAGUUCGGAGAAACUUUUUAUACCGCAAUUUUUAACUCACAUUAGGCUUGGACCAAAGACAUUUCCACCACUACACUAGCGGAACAGGCACCGUAUCCAGUGCAUGCUCAUUCAAGGAGAGGAGGAGAAAAGCAAAGUAGAGAGCCAGAAACUACAGUGUAAAAAUGGUAGACAUGCCCCCAGCGUCCAUAAAAACUGCCAGUGCACACCCAUCACAAAACUGCUGGACCACAGAUAGGCUGUUCAUACAUGUUGUUGUUGUUGUUUAGUCUUUUAGUCCGACUCUUUGUGACCCCAUGGACCAGAGCACGCCAGGCACUUCUGUCUUCCACUGCCUCCCGCAGUUUAGUCAAACUCAUGCUGGUAGCUUCGAGAACACUAUCCAACCAUCUCGUCCUCUGUCGUCCCCUUCUCCUUGUGCCCUCCAUCUUUCCCAGCAUCAGGGUCUUUUCCAGGGAGUCUUCUCUUCUCAUGAGGUGGCCAUAGCAUUGGAGUCUCAGCUUCAGGAUCUGUCCUUCCAGUGAGCACUCAGGGCUGAUUUCCUUAAGAAUGGAUAGGUUGGAUCUUCUUGCAGUCCAUGGAACUCUAAAGUCUCCUCUAGCACCGUAAUUCAAAAGCAUCAAAUACAUGUAUGCGGUCAAAUGAACUUGUAGCAAUGGAGACAUCCCCUAGCACCUACCCCUGCAUCACCAUGCAAGGCAAUGCCACAGAACCCCAUUCCAUCCCAGCCAGCAUAAUCCAAUGUCAAGUCCCCAAAUGCACUAACAGGCAGGAGUUCAAAUUCCCUUAUGUUCCUUACAGCCCGUUUUAGAGCACAGCACACAAAGGGGAGGAAUGAGAGUCUACACCACACAGCAGUUUGAAAAGGAAAGACAUGCAUGCAGGGGCUGCCAGCUCACUGAGGUUCCUAUGCCUUGCACUUUGUAAAUAGCAGGGUAGCACGUGUAGUGAACACUGUGGCACCAAUUCCAUGUUAGGAACACCUUUACCUGUUGCAUAGCUGUCUCUCUCUUGGAGCUUGCUAAGGAACAGGGAACUGCUUGGAAGAAGGUUAACAACUCCACAGGGGGGAAACCAGGAGCAUGGACAAGGAUGAGUGAUGAAUCCUGUAUUUGUGGGACUGCAGCUUGGGGAAAGCAAAGCAGCAAGAAUAAAUAGUUAGCUAGAGCACAUAGUUGUUACCAUGUGUUAUCAUCUACACAUGUAUAAUAAAGGUGCACCCAAAUGACACAUUUGGAUAUUUAGCCAAGGGUCAUGGUGUGGCACGGCAAAUGUAAGGUUUUCCAACAGAAGGAAUUGGGAACAAGAGAAACUUUAGAGGAUUCAAAUAUGUGGUUUAUUACACAAAUAGGUUGAUUAACUACAGUACCUGGGUUGAAGAAACACUGCAAAUGGCUUUCUACAGGAAGGAAUUGUGCCCUCCUUAGGUAUGCUUUUCUAAUUUAUCUUGAUAUGCCUAUAAAUCACCAUUGGCAGCCAGCGUAGAGUGAAUCACAUCCCCUGUGAUUACACCCCCCUCCAUUUUCAUUGAAUAUGCACUUAGCUGCUUAGUGACCUCUUCCUAGAUCUGAGAUGGGAUCUAUCCCUCAAAAGCGCAUGCCACAAAUAUUUUGUCGAUGUACAAUGUUAUUAAAUGUUUUCUCAAACCAUAAAUCUAUUACUCCUUCAUCUAGGCUACACUUAUCUAUUAUGUGGGGUUGGUGUGUCAUGCUACUUAGUGGUGGUGGGGCAAUGUGUGAUACAUAAUAAUAAUAAUAAUAAUAAUAAUAAUAAUAAUAAUAAUAUAAUUUAUUAUUUAUACCCCACCCAUCUGACUGGGUUUCCCCAGCCACUCUGGGCAGCUCCCAGCAAAAUAUUAAAAUACAAUGAAUUUCUUGCAUGUUGUUUUCAGAAGCUGUAGGAUUUCAGAUAAACAUACAUUUACUGUUUAUGUCUUGCACUUGUGGCCUGGAGCUGUAGCCAUUCCUGUCGGAUGUGGAUGUAGCUGUUUUAACUAUAGCAGCAAACUCUUGUUUUGCUGAUUAUGUUGGUAUUGUUAAAACACUGCACCUAUGUGGAGAGUCACUUCGCACAAAUGGAACACUUCUAAGAACAACAGUUCUACACAGAGCAAGAAAACAGUAAAAACAACAAUAACCCCUUUUAGUAAAAUGUACAAGUUAGAGAAUAGUCAAAAAUUAAUACACCUAAUACAGUGGUACCUCGGGUUACAUAUGCUUCAGGUUACAUAUGCUUCAGGUUACAGUCUCCGCUAACCCAGAAAUAUUACUUCAGGUUAAGAACUUUGCUUCAGGAUGAGAACAGAAAUUGUGCUCCGGCAGUGCGGCAGCAGCAGGAGGCUCCAUUAGCUAAAGUGGUGCUUCAGGUUAAGAACAGUUUCAGGUUAAGAACGGACCUCCAGAACAAAUUAAGUGCUUAAUCCGAGGUACCACUGUACAUCAGAACACAAAUGAAGUUUUCCAAAACGCUUAAAAAAAAUAUUCACUUGUUCUAUAUACCUCACUUUGAGGCAAUGGGAAAUUAUUCAUCUUCAGAAUGUUGCCCUUUCUUUUCUCACAAGUAGCCCCACUGGCAUCAGUUAAAUACUUUAAAAGUAGCUUUGAGUCAGCUUCUUGUUGUAGAACAGGAAAAAUAAAAUCAUUUCCCUCAGUUCUCUGUGCAGCUAAGUGCAGUGAAUAGCAUGGCACAAUGAGUGACAAUAUAAUUACCAGUCACUAAGAGAAGUAUAAUACAGAUAUAAUUUAAUCCCCCUCAUUCAUGCUUCCCUGGGAACAAAGUGUUCUAAACAGCUUAAAAAUUAAAUAUUGUUUAAUAGUAGAACUAGCAAGAAAGCUGAAACCAGCUGGUCUGCAUUACAGUUCCAAAAGUAGACUGGUGAUUCAACUAAAAUAUGCCAGCCUUCAGCAAAAUUUUGGAGAGUUUAAUUAGCAGACUGCUUUUCCCUGUGCACAGUGGUGGCCGUUUAAUGGGCAACAGUAGCCCCCUUUUUUUCCAGAUGUUGCCAUUGCCAUACCUUCAUGCACACAUAUAACAGGCUCUCUCUUUUAUCCACCUUCACUUGUGUCUAUAUAUAAAGUCAAAUAACUGAUCACCCCUACCUUGAAUAACCCUAAUAAUAAAAGUUCAAUGGCUAGGAAAAGCUGGAACAGCAGCAGUAGUGAGUGUAGUAAAGAGCUAAAUUAGGUCCCUAUAAAAUAUAUUCCUGUUCCUAAAAGCAGCCCACCAUUCUUGAACAAUGUACAGGAGGUGAAACAAUUCAUUGUGCCAUAACGCCAACUUUAGAACUAGUGUGAAAUUGGCCAGUUCAUGCUCUUUGUGUCGUGUAGCUGGAGUCUUAGAGGAAAUGGUAAUAGGGAUUGUGCAUGCAUUCCUUACAUUGCUAUGGCAUGUACUUUAGAAAGCUACUAGUUACUAGUUUUGAAAUAGCUUCAGGCCUAUAGGCAUUAUUAUUCAAUGUGAUGUAUACAGAACAAUGAGAGAGGCCAGGCUCAUCCAUGAGAUGAUCAAACCCGCUGUGUAGCUUACCAGGUACAGAGGCAGAUUUGGGGGCUGCCACAACUAAAUCAGAAUGGAGCACCAUAGGCAGAGGGGCACUGGAUUUUAGUGUUGCACAGGGUGCCAGUGAAAUUUGAGACCCCAAGAUCCAUCACUGCAAGGAAAAGAGUGACAGUGGAGCAGCAGUGAAUCAAUGGCUUCUACAACUUCUUAGUUGGCAGAGAUGAACACCAAAGGCAAAACUUUGUUUUUACUCUCAGGCAAAAUGCAUUUAUUUACUUUAUUUAUUCAAUACAUUUCUAUGUCACCCUUUGUCACAAAUAAUCUUAAUGCAGUUACACAUCUGACAUUCUUAAUACUACAAAACAGUAACACACAGUGACAUAUUAAGAUCAGUACUGAAAUCCAAUUUAGGCAUUUUUACCCCAGGACUUAAAUUACAUUGAUGAACAUAAGUUCAUAAGUCAUUUUUGAACCCCAGAAAAAUAAAAAGGGUUUAACUCCAUUUAGUAUAAUAAUUUAUUUUUAAAGCCAUAGAUGAUUUUUAUUUUUAAAAAAUCAGGUGCUUCUGUGACAGAUGGCCCAGGUAAAUCAGAGUUUGAUGGAACAAUACAGGCAAAAUUCUCAGUAUGCUAAGCAAGAGCUUCACCUUGAUUGGUUGUGAGUACAGCUAGCCAGAAAUGGGUGGAGACAGCACUUUGAAAGGGAAAAGGAAAAGGAGGAGGUUUUUUGGGGGGGAGGGGUUCUUGGCAUUUGGGAGACUAUCCAAGCCACCACUGCUUCAGGUAUUUUGGAUCCCCAGUACUGGCAGUAAAAUCUGCCUCAAUUAGGGUGGAAAGGUGGAUGGUCUGCCUCACCACCUUUGGACUCUGAAGUAAAUUGGGAUGUUAUAGCUGAGUGUAACAAAACACAUUUUGUACAACUUGGGAUUAUAUAUAUAUAUAUCUAUACACACACACACACACACACACACUUUUACAUGUUGAUAUAAGCUCAGCAGCAAACUGAACAAAGCCUUGCUCUAAAAUUACAAAAAGAGCACUAAAUGGAAGAUGGUACCAGGGUGGAGAAGUAAAAAUGUGUUAUGGAAAAUAAUUUGACAACAGUGUUCUGUUUGAGCAGCUGAAGGGGGGGAAAGACUAUGUAUCAGAUAGUAUUAUCCAGAGAAUGUUUAAGACAAUUUCACUAAUUGUCAUUUCCCCCCUAUUCUGUAGGAUUCUGUGGUGAGAUUGACCAACACAAUUGAUGAUAAAUUACUCACUUUAAAAAUUUCUUAAUGGAGAUUAUAGUAACUUCUUAGCACUGGUAAUUACUCCAGGCAGUGAUUCAUAAGCAAAGUGACUGCUGCCUAGCAACUUAAUUUUUUCUUGGUUUUCAUAAAAAAAAACUAUCAACAGCAGAAAAAAAAACCCUCCACUUCAAUUUUAAGCAUGAAAUUGAUGAGACCUAAAGUUUGAACUGUUGCCAGAAAAUUGAAAUUUAAUGUGAGUUAAUGGCUGGAAACUAAAACUUAUGCAUUGACCAGUAGCUGGUUGGGGGCUGAUGGGAGUUGUAGUUCAAGAGAGUAUUCAUACAAGAUGAAAUUCAAAAUGCACAUUUUUAUUUAUGAAACAAUAACAAAAACAAACCCAUGAUUUAUUCUGCCAGCCGUGAACAUGGAAUGCAUUUUUCAGUGGACUUAUGGAAGUCUCACAUACACAAGAGACAACUUUUUCAUUGUAGUUUCUACACUGUAUUGUGCUUGUUGUGAGGAAGCCUCUCCACCAGCAGAACUUGCAUUAGCCUGAAGAGAGUGAGCCAGAGAUGAAUACUACACGAAAGAGACAUUUAUUUCAGUGGAGCUUACUCCCAUGUAAUUUUGGUCUCUGGGAGGGCAAAGGAGAGCCUGGUGCUCCCUCUGUUAGAUUCUCAGCAUCUGCAGUUGUCAGGGGGAAGCAACAUGGAGAGCACAUGAGGGAGGGGAGCGUUUAUUCUGCCAAAACGGAUUAAAUUAAGAAGCUUGUUUUGAGCAAAGAGUUGUCACAUCAGGUGAAGUUUAGAUGCUCUUUUCAUACACUUCAAAUUUGUACUGAAUGCCAUUCUCUUCUUGAAUAUCAGCAGGGACACCUGGGAAACUAUGUAGAGAGAAAGCAUUGCUUGUAGUUUGAUAAAAAGAAUAAUUACAUAUUUGACUAAGCUGGAAGAAACAUGAAGAGAUUAUUUUGUCCUUCACAUAUUGUUGGUUCUAAUAUUUCUUUUCAGGUUUUGCAUUAGCAUAAAUUAACUUGGGAAAUAUUUUGUUAUGCCACUAAUAGUAAAGCUUCAGAUGAAAAUGAAAGAUUACUGUUCAUAAAAUACUUACCUAGGUAGAAGCCUGUAUUUUUCUAAAUCAAUUUCUGGAAAGAAUGUAUCACUUUCAAAGUAAUGCAGGAUUCUUGUCACAAACAAUCGUUGAUGAACUGGCUUGUCCAUUGCUGCCUUAAAAAGCCAGAUAAAAUAAAUGAAUAUGUGUUUUCUUAAUUAGCCAAUACUGGGCAGGAACUUAAAAUUUUUACAGGCAAUUUUAAUAAUAUAUCAUCAAUCAAUUUACAGACAGUAAAUUGGUUUUAAACACAGUAUAAGGAAUCUCUAUAGGACUAUAUUGUAUUUUAAAAUGGGGUUUCAGACUUUUUAGGGGUUUUUGAAUGUCUUAUGUAGAUUUUUCAAUUUCAUUGUUCUGUAUGGGACAAUGACAAUAAAGAUAUUGUAUUGUAUCAUAAUAGGGCUGCCAUAUUCUGAAGAACAACCCCCCCCCCCCCAUCCUGCAUCUCUGUGCAAGGCCUGCUGGCCGCUGGGAGCAAUUCAGGGCUUAGCAUGGCCCUGGGAAGGCCAUGGAAGGCCGCCUGAUGCAGUGCUUCCUGUUCCAGGGCACAGAGUCUUCUGAGCAUGUGUGUGCCAAACAAAUAAUAAUAAUAAUAAUAAAUUAAACCCCCAAACCCAGACAAUCCAUGAAAAAUGCAGAAAUCUGCCUGGAUGGGUGCUCUGGCCCCCCUCAAAAGGACAUGUCCAGGAAAUCCCAGACAUAUGGCAACCCUAGACAGUAAGACAUUUACUGAAAACUGUAAACAUCUUUAGAAAUAUUGCAGUUUUGGGAAACCAAAAGGAGCAGACAGAUUCUCAAAGGACAUCACAUGGUCACGACGAGUUACUAUUGUUUAAUUUGCAUCCCCAUUCUCCACAAAAAACUGCACCCAAAGUGGUUUGCAGCACAGCAAAAACAGAAACUACAAAAAUAAUAAAUGGAGCCACACAGCAGUGACACUGACAUAUUAAACAAUUUUAACAAAUACAAAGGUGGUUUACCCUUACUGGAUUCACUGUGCAGCGGGCAGGAGUCAGAUAUAGUCGGGUCUAUUCAAUGCCUAAGCCAAUACUGCUCAAAUUCUGUAACCAAUAAAGUUGUGGCCAAAAUUUGCCCAAUAACAUUAACCAAAUAUCCUGUCCUGGUGUUUUUCAUUCAUCUUCAAGGGGGUGGUUACAGGGUCUCGACAUACAAUAAAGUCAAAAGCUCAAAACAGUUGCAGAGUGCAAAGAUGCAAAGAGUAAAUUACGUUAGCAAAGUCCUAAAAAUGGCAGCAAUAGUAUAUAAUACAUAAAUAUCACAGUGUAGCUAUACAAAAAAUCAAUUCUGUUAAACAUGGGAGCAGCAGAAUAUUUCCUCAGAUCCUCGACCCAUUCAUAUAGUUAAUGCCAAGAGUUUCCCAACACUUAACAUACAGUGCCCUGUAGCCUGCCUCUUACAAGGGUGGUCUCCCCCCCCCCCCGCUCACACAGGGCAUUCUUUUCAAUGGUCUCCUCCUCUCAUUGAUGACUGUGGUAAUUAUGGUCAUGUUUCUGUGUCCUCUGCUGGAUUUUUUUAAAAAAAGAACUGAACCCACUUGUGGUUUUCCUUUACAUCAUGUUAACAUAGAAAUUAGGUCUGAAAACAAAACUCAGAACAUUAUCCACUUGAAAGGACACUACAAGAAUCCCUGUGAAUACAAUAACUGCAGGGCAGGAAGAUUAUCACAACCACUCUUGUUGUUUAUUUCCAGACCACAGAUAUAAAGCAGAUAUGAAGUAGGAGACAAUUUUCACAACUUGCAAACAAAUCCAAAACCAUUCCUCAUGAACACAUCUAUAGAAACGUAUGUCACACAAAUAUAAUUUGACCCAAGAAGAUAAAAAGAUUUAUGUGGGCAUCAAAAUUUUUUUGAGGCCAAGCUUUUUCAAUUAAAAAAAAAAAUACAAUACCGUAUUUUUUGCCCUAUAUGACACACUUUUCCCCCUCCAAAAAUGAAGGGGAAAUCUGUGUGCGUCCUAUGUGGUGAAUGCAGGCUUUCGCUGAAGCUUGGAGAGCGAGAGGGGUCGGUGCGCACCGACCCCACACGCUCUCCAGGCUUCAGGAAGCUAACAGCAAGCCUGGGGAGCCCGCGGGAGUUCCCGCAGGGCUCCCUAGGCUGCGGAUAGCAGCCUGCUGCACAGAGUGCGGGGCGCACUGAAGCAGAGCGCCCCGCGCUUCAGGCAGACAUCCGCAGGGUUCCCGCAGGGCUCCCUAGGCUGCGGAUAGCAGCCUGCUGCACGGAGCAUGGGGCGCGCUGAAGCAGAGCGCCCCGCGCUUCGGGCAGACACCCGCAGCCUAGGGAGCCCUGUGGGAGUUCCUGCAGGGCUCCCUAGGCUGCGGAUAGCAGCCUGCUGCACGGAGCGCGGGGAGCGCUGAAGCAGAGCGCCCCGCGCUUCGGGCAGACAUCGGGCAGCCCCACAAGCUCGGGGGACAGCAGGGAGGUGGAGCGCCGCCAUCCUGCUGUUCCCCGACCUGGUUUGGAUUCCCCAACCUGGUUUUGGGGGGGGGGAAUAAAGGGGAAAAAAAUUUCCUUUAUUUCCCCCCCAAAAAACUAGGUGCGUCCUAUGGGCCGGUGCGUCCUAUGGGCCGAAAAAUACGGUAUAUUGGCUGCAUUUGGACUUCAUGCUGAACUAUAGUUUAGCAAGACAUGAAUGAACAUAGCCUUUUCCUGGGCUCCUGCACUCCACCUACUUUCCACCUGAACACUCAGGAAGAGAAGUUUGAUAUAUUCUCCUUCUGCUUUGAUUAUCCAUAGCUUGUUGUGCCAUCUAAAUUAAGUUAAUCUUAAUUGUGGCUAGUUUCAAAUAAGCCAUGUUUAAAACAUGGUUUCUGAAGUUGGCUUAUUAAACCUAACCAUACUUAAGAUUAACCACAAUUCCACAUAAGACAAUAAACAGUGGUCAACCUAAAGUUGAUGCAAAAGCUUCUAAAUUCCUCCUCUCAGACAUCUGAGAGGAGAAGGGAGGACUGAGAGUGUGGGAGGAGGUUAGGUUAUGCCAAACCAUAGUUUAGAGUGACAUCUGAACACAGCCAUGCACAACUGUAUUAAUUUAGCCUGGAAUGUGGCAGCCAUUUGAUUUAUUUUUUUUAAAGGACACAUAAGGAGAAGCAAUCAGUUUUGAAAUAUUGUGCGUUCUGAUAAGUGUAGCCUCUUUCUUUAAUUUACAGAUGCAGGAAACCGCCCCCAGGCCUGCUUAUGAAAAGUACACAACCAGCUACAGCUAUAUGGUUACCAACAUAAAGAUUUCAAAUUCUCUUUACACUUUUCUUCCACAGAACACUUAAUCUUCUAAAGAUGAUUCACUUAACAUUGAGUUGGUAACUGUUGCUUUGACAAACGUCUGUUCAUGCAGAUCUAAUCCAACAAUUUAAGUCAGCAGUUGCUGAGGCCACAAAUUUAUAAAGCAACUGGUUCAGUUUGAAUACUUUCAGGUAAAAAGGAGAACACAUCAGCGAGAUAGAAUUCUUUUGGCAUUUAAUGACCAAGAAAAGCCAAUUUUUUAUUUCAUUUCUUUAUAAGGAGUGCACAGGAAUAAAAUUAUACUAUCCACUGAUUGUAAUCCUCUCUGUCUCCAUUGCCUGCUACCAACUUUUGCAAUGUAUCCACCACUAAGACCAAAUCAAUGCAAAGGCAUGAUCAAAACCAGAAACAGAUUUUAAAGUACUUGGGGCUACAUCACUGAUGGGGAAUCUUUCGGCCAGGGGCCUCCAGGCUUCUCCAGCUGGCCUUCAAAACUCUCACCAGGACACACCCUUCACUGGCCCUGUUUCACAGCCCAUGUGUUUUUGCCAGGCUACAAUGUGCCCUUGAAUUCUGAUAAUGCUUUUUGGUUGUCUGGGUGGAAGGUGCAAAGGUUAUGAGUGAGUUUUUCAAAUUUACAAAAGUAAAUUUCACAUUAGUUUACUUUGUUCACUUUUAUGUCUUCCCCUACCCACCUUGGGCAUAUGUACUGGUACUUCUAUUUCCGUGUAAAUUCUGCAACAAAAAGUCCACCAUUUUGGGAAAGGAGAAAUUUCUUGCAAAUUAAGCAAUGAAGUUGCUGCCACAUGUGGAAAGUAACUUCCAAACUGCAUUGUAUCCUGCUAAAAAAAAAAGUUUCAUAUGGAAUCUAAUACUAGUGUUUGCUUUAGAAUCCUCUGUGUACAUACUGCAGAGUUUUCAGAGAGGAUUCAUUCUGCUGAUUAUAUAAAACAAAUUUCAAGGAAAAGGAAAUACUAAGAAACCACUAAGGAUUAGCUCUUGAAUUAAUCCUUCCAUUCUUGCAGUGCCAAAUCUUCCCUUGCUAAGCACUUGCAGCUUAACAAAAUGAGGGGAGAAAGAGAAAAUCCCACAGUGAAUCCCACAUACAUACAUCUACUGACACAGGACAGUGGGCAAUGUUCAGCUACUAAUCUCACACAAUUCUUAUACACAAAAGGAAGGAAAAAGAUUCCACUGCAUCUUAUAAAUGUUGUUGGUUUUUUAAAGUCACAUUGUCAGUUGGCAUCAACUCUAAUAUAGUUAAGACGUUGCUACAUUUCUUUCAACCAAGUCCCCACCCCCACACCUCUUAUUCAGAGCAGAAGUUCAAAUCCUCCCACUUCAAUCUUAGCAAGCACUUCUAAAAAGGCACUUAAAAUACAGAAGACUGGGAUUUAAGUGACUUAUGACUCCAUCAAUGAGUCAUGCUCUAACCUUUCUUCCACCCGUCCCCCAUUUUAUAAUUUUCCAAGGAGAUGUCAAAUCAGCAUGUUUCUUUUAUAUGAAUAUGAGUUUAUUGCUAAUUUUGGAUAAAUAAUUUCACAUUUGUUUUCUGUAUUAGAAUUGUGUAUUAUUUUAAAGGCCUGAACAUCUCCUGCAUGGCACUGCUUCCAGAAAGUGUCAGAUCAUGUACUACAGUCCUGAUGUGGCUGCACUGCCACCAUUUGUGAUGUUUCCAUGAUACUAGAACCAUUCUGCCCUCAGUGUUGAUGCAGCAGCCUCCAUCAUCAGCACUACUGAACUGGCAAUUGCCUGCAAGCAUAGUGUAGAUUAGCACACUCAAUUAAGCAGAGCAGUACUGUAUAAAGGUAAAGGACCCUUGGACGGUUAAGCCCAGUCAAAGGCAACUAUGAGGUUGCGGCGCUCAUCUCGCUUUUCAGGCUGAGGGAGCCGGCUUUUGUCCAGAGACAGCUUUCUGAGUCAUGUGGCCAGCAUAACUAAACCACUUUUGGCGCAAUGGAACACCAUGACGGAAACAAGAGUGCAUGGAAACGCCAUUUACUGCAGCAGUACCUAUUUAUCUACUUGCACUGGCAUGCUUUUGAAUUGCUAGGUUGGCAGGAGCUGAGACCCAAAAGAGCCUGCUAUGCCUACUAAUUUCAUUCAGUUUUGUCAAAAACAAAAGCUAUAACCGUUUGUUGUUUUCUCCACUAUAAGCACUAGGGAGGCACACAACUUUGUUUUCCCCAAACUGAGAUUUGGAUUCAGAUCAGAGGUGAACUGGGCAGGCUCUGAAGCAGUCUGAACCAAAUCUGUAUGUUUCCAAAGCACCAAACUGGAGUCUAAGCCAAAUCUUGUGGUUACUACACACCUCUACCAAUGGCCCUCAAAGCAACUAGUCUCUAAAAUAAAAGUUAAACAAAAAUGCAAACUAACAAUUCAAUAAAUGAUUAUCAUAACUUCAAUUCAAAACAUGCUUACUAUAGUAAAAUAAACCCCAAUGAACACAGUCAGACUUACUUUUGAGUAAGCAUGCACAUGUUUGUACUGUAUCGAAAUUUUCAUAUAGCUGAAGAGACCCUAGAACAGCCUUUUUUUUCAACAAUUGGCUUAAAAAACAGGUAAUGAUGGAGCAUGGUGGA